GGGAAAAUGAUUCAGAGAGGGAGGGAAUGAAAGAGACCACAAACAAAGAACGGAGACAGGGAAAGAACACAGGGAGGUGGGAGCGAGAUAAAGAGAGACAGAAUGACUCUGGGCAGACAAGAGGAACAGGGCUGCAGCUGGAAAGAGUGACAGCUCAAGAUCAAGAGGCUGAUAGAGUGAAGGAGGAGCCCACUAAGGAGGGAGGGAGGAGGAGGAGUCUUCAACAAUACGAAGAUAAAAAAAAAUCGCUUUGGAGAGAGAAAGAUCUACAAACAGAACCCGUCCAAACACAGCCAUUACACUGGCGCAGCGUGUUGAGCCCAAGGAAUAUGGAUUGAAGUCAAGACAAGUUGGAAAUUUAUCUGGGAACAGGACACCCUAAUUAAACCAACAACCAAAGGAACAACUUCUAUUGCGAAGAGAGGGAGAGAAAGACAGACAGUGAGAGGGAGCAAGAGAAGAGAGAGCACAGGGCAGUGAACGAGUAAGGGAAAAAGAGUGGCUAGACAGAGGAGGGCAAAAGAAGAGAAUUAAUACCACCCACUGUGCCAAUACCACACACAGAGUAAAAUUGUUACGCACAUACACACAUUCAAAGACAGAAAACCUGCCUGUGCCACACACACAGUAUUUAUGUCUCACACAUUGGCUAUACCACACACACCAAAUUUCUCAAACAAGUUUGCAUGCAACAUAUGCAGUAAGUAUUCGACACGCUGAAAUCAAAACGUUUAUAUCAACAGAAACGGAGAGAAACAAAGAAGAUAAAGAGGCAUGGAGAGACAUUAAAGCGUCAUAUGGGUUGGUAUUACUACGCACAGAGUGACAUAGACAGACAAAACGCAACAUAGUGGCAUCACGGGGCCUCCACAGGAGCAGGAACUCUUUGAAAACUAACCUGAGGAACUAUACUGCCAACUUAACCCCCAAAAAUAAUUACCACAGAACUGAAGGCCGGUGAUUCUUCUAAACUUUGACUACAAUCCUAUUACGAUUAACCAGCAGCAAACCAGAGCAACUGUAUUGAGGAUCUAUCAUCUCCGUAGUAUGGGUGCCUAAGACAGGCGAGCUGAAGAGCUGUGUCCCUGGAAGGAGCACCACCAGCCCUCCAGCCCUUCCCCACCAUGCUGCCCCAUACGGCCCAGGGCAGGGGCACCUUAAGCAGGGUACGAGGGCUCCUGCUGCUGCCCCUCCUAAUGGUGCUGCUGGUGACUUUUUGUGCUGCACAGAGCGAAAAGAGUCAGGAGAACCAGGGAGAGAAUAACACUGGCAGUACGGAGAGCCCGGAGACUGUCUCCUCAGAUGUGGCCAUCGUCAGUCCUCGUAACUCCUGGCUCGUCUUCAGACACAACUCCAACAAAGGAGAGAACAAGAAGACCAAGCCCCCAAAGAGGGCAUCUAAGCAUGGUCUACCGGGCCCCCCCGGACCACCAGGCCCUCAAGGGCCACCCGGCCCCCCCGCCCCCCUGUUACCUCAGCAGGAAGAGCUGAUGCAGGAGUUCCAGCUACGACUGAGAGAGAUGGCUGGUGGACCCUGUCUGCUCUGUGAGCGACCUCCCCGUGUGGCCACCGCCUUCCACUGCCGCCUGCACCACCCACUCACCGUGCCACGCCGCAGUCUGCUAGAGCUGCAGCCAUUCAGCAGUGUCUCGGACACUGAGCAGAGCCUCCAGAGGGGCCAGGGCUUCAACUCUAGCAGUGGCCGCUACACGGCUCCCGUCUCCGGGUUCUACCAACUCACCGCCAGCCUUCUCAUAGAGCCCAAUGAGAGGUCACAAGCCAGGAUGAAGGAUAGUGUGAAGGCUUCCAUCUGCAUUGAGUCCCUAUGCCAGAGCAAUGUGUCUCUGGAUUCGGUGACAGGGGUGGGUAGUUCAGGAGUCUUCAGCAUCUUACUGACAGGAACCCUUUACAUACAGGCGGGGGAGUAUGUGUCCAUUUUCGUCGACAACGGAACAGGCUCAGCACUCACAGUCCUCCAGGAUACUUUGUUUUCCGGGAUACUCCUGGGAGUGUGAACACAGUAAAACAAAUGAUACACACACACACCCAUAGACUGAAAUGAACAAACAUAUUAAACCACGUACAGUACCAGUCAGAAGUUUGGACACACCUAAUCAUUCAAGGGUUUUCCCUUAUUUUUUUAUAUUUUCUACAUUGUAGAAUAAUAAUUAAGACAUCAAAACUGUGAAAUAGCACACAUGGAAUCAUGUAGCAACCAAAAAAGUGUUUAAAGCAAAUUAAA